CACUUUUUAUUAACUUUAAAAUACAAGUGAAAUAGACAGAGAGGAAGAGAAACAACGAGAGCCGCAGAAGUUGAAGAAAUGAGGACCUACAAGGCAUUGAUGUAAGAAGCAAGGAUGUGGUUCCUUUUGAUAGCCAAAAUCUGAUAAAACCUUCUUAUCUUCUUCUCUUCUCCAAUCACUCACAGAAACAAAACUGCUUUUGUCUCUCAAGUCCUUUGUCUUUUAAAAAGGUUUUGUUCUUGAACAAGAGAAGAAAACAAGAGGCUGAUUUUCCUGUUUUGUAGAUUCCUCUGAUAUUCAGAUUCUCACUUCUCAGGAAACCCUAAAGGAAAGUUCUGUUUUUUUGAGAAAUAUGAAGAUACAAUGUGAUGUGUGUGAGAAAGCUCCGGCAACGCUUAUAUGUUGUGCCGAUGAAGCUGCUCUGUGCGCUAAAUGUGACGUUGAGGUUCAUGCUGCUAAUAAGCUAGCUAGUAAACACCAACGCCUUUUUCUUGACUCUCUAUCAACUAAAUUCCCUCCUUGCGACAUCUGCCUUGAGAAGGCAGCUUUCAUAUUCUGUGUAGAGGAUAGGGCUCUGCUGUGCAGAGACUGCGAUGAGGCUACCCAUGCACCAAAUACUCGCUCUGCUAAUCACCAGCGUUUCUUAGCCACUGGAAUCCGAGUUGCUCUUAGUUCCACUAGUUGCAGGCAAGAAGUGGAGAAGAAUCACUUUGACCCAUCUAAUCAGCAGAGUCUCUCUAAACCGCCAACUCAGCAACCCGCUGCUCCAUCUCCUUUGUGGGCUACCGAUGAAUUCUUCCGCUACUCCGAUCUUGAGUGCAGUAAUAAGCAGAAAGAGCAACUCGACCUCGGGGAGCUGGAUUGGCUUGCAGAGAUGGGUCUGUUUGGUGACCAGCCUGAUCAAGAGGCUCUACCGGCAGCAGAAGUUCCCGAGCUUUCCUUUUCACAUUUGGCUCAUGUUCAUUCCUACAAUAGACCUAUGAAGUCUAAUGUUCCCAACAAGAAGCAGAGACUUGAGUACCGGUAUGAUGAUGAUGAAGAGCACUUCCUAGUCCCUGACCUAGGCUAAAGUAUGGAUGAACUAAUGAGCUUUGUAAUAAAUAGCACUUAGUUCGCAUAUGUCUCUACACGGGCUCAUAUAUUGUUUUCGCCUUGCUUUCUCCAUGAUCUGAUUCGAACCAGUAAUAGGUUUGUGUAUCACUGUAUACAGGCUAAAACUUGGAAAACCUUAUCAUUUUAUUAGCAAGUGAUGCCUUGAAUUGCAA